AUGUGGAAGUCGGGUGCUCUGGCUGGGCGAUGCAGCCGGCCCCAACAGUACCGCCAAUUUUCGACGACACUACGGAGAUCGUGGCAGGUGGCUCCGGCGACCGCGCCGCCAGCUCUUGGUGCGCUGAAAAACGUCCUUAACGUAUCCGAGGAAGUGAGGGAUGCAUUGGCAACGAACAAGCCCGUUGUGGCGCUCGAGUCGACCAUCUACACGCACGGGGCCCUGGGCGACGACCUCGACCUGGAGAACAUAGUUCGCCAGAAUGGCGGUGUCCCAGCUGUCUGCGGCAUCUUGGAGGGUGUUCCCACUGUCGGGCUUCUUCCGGAGGAAAUCACUCACAUGAUUGAGAACUCCCCAAUGAAGGCGUCACGGAGGGAUAUCGCAUUCCUCACCGGCAUGGGUAUGGCGGGAAGGAAAAUCAACGGUGGCACGACCAUUGCUGGCACCAUGGUUCUCGCAAGGCUAGCUGGAAUUCGGGUCUUCGGUACUGGAGGCUUGGGCGGUGUCCAUCGAGGUGGUCAGGACACCCUCGACAUCUCGGCCGAUCUGACCGAGCUCGGGCGAACUAGAGUAGCUGUCGUCAGCAGCGGCUGUAAAGGUUUCCUUGAUAUACCUAGAACACUCGAGUUCCUGGAGACCCAUGGAGUUCUGGUCUCGACGUUUGCCGAUGGGCGUGAUGGGAAGGUGGACUUCCCUGCCUUUUGGGCGCGCGAAAGCGGAGUCAAGAGUCCUUCCGUGGUGCAAAGCGACGAGGAAGCUGCCGCCAUGAUCUUGGCGCAGGAAAUUAUGGGCAUUGAGUCGGGUCUGCUAUUUGCGAAUCCUAUCCCUGAGCAGUCCUCGAUCCCGAGGGAUGAGAUGAACAAGAUCAUAGAGCAAGCUGUUCGCGAAUCACAGGAACAAGGAGCGUUCGGCCACGCAAACACGCCUUUCAUUUUGCAGCGGAUCCGCGAGCUCACUAACGGCCGGAGCGUACCGGCCAACAAGGCCCUUGUCCAGUUCAAUGUAGAACGGGCAGCGAAGGUGGCUGCUGCGGUGUCUCAGAUGAUUUCAGGGGAUAUAGCCAUACCUAUGCAAGCCAAGCCUCAAGAAAAGUCCUCGACAAAAUUCACAGGUGUAACGCUGUCGUCAAGUAAACCAGAAUCGGGCAAGCAGGUGUCUAAGCAUGCAGAUAUCCUGGUAGCUGGUUCGGUUGCCAUAGACUUGAGUUGUGACUAUGCCGGUGCCGAUAGUGCAAACCAUCCAGUCCCUCACACGAAUACAUCCAAUCCCGCUCGGAUUACCCAAUCCGUAGGUGGCGUAGGGCGCAAUGUAGCGUUAGCCGCACACAAGGUCUCUGGCGAUAUGACGGUUAAGCUCUGUAGCAUGGUGGGAAAUGAUGUUGCUGGGUCGACUGUACUAGCCUCGCUUGGUUCUGCUGGUAUGGAUACACAACAUAUACGUCAGCUAAGCGAGCCAUCAAGCCGGACAGCGCAAUACGUUGCCGUUAACGAUGCAAACAAGAGUCUUGUUCUGGCCAUGGCCGACAUGGAUAUCUUCGCAAAUCACUCUUAUCCUACGGAAUGGAGCGCUACCGUCGCCGCAGCUAAGCCAAAAUGGCUGGUCGUUGACGGAAAUUGGUCCGAGUCGAGCAUCAGGUCAUGGAUUCAAGCCGGCAAGCACAACAACGCUCGAGUUGCGUUCGAGCCUGUGUCCAAUGCCAAGUCAGCGCGUAUAUUCUGCCCCUUGAAGAAUCAAGUUCACCUUGGGGUAUAUCCGAAGAACAGCAUUGACUUGGCGACACCUAACCAGUACGAACUGGCAGCCAUGCACGCCGCAGCACAGCAAAACGGAUACCUGGACAACCAGAAGUGGUGGGAGGUAAUCGACGCGUUCGGCAUGCAGGGGGCAAGAGGCCGAUUUGUGCACAUCACCUCGGCCAGCUUGACGAACGCGGGCAUCCCGCAGCAAGCCGUCCAGCUGCUGCCAUAUAUACCUACCCUCAUCACGAAACUGGGCGACCAAGGAGCACUGCUGACGACCAUACUGCGCAAGGACGACCCACGUCUGCUUGACGCAGCGUUCGAGCCCUUCAUUCUGACCAGGUCCUUCCACGACCACCCCGAGAUUGGGGGGAUUUACAUGAGGCUAUUCCCGGUGGCAGAAACAGUCACGGACGCGGUCUCAGUCAACGGUGUUGGCGACACAUUCCUGGGGGUCCUCGUUGCGGGGCUGGCCCGCGGAGGUGGAAUUGAGGAUCUCAUGCAUGUCUCUCAAAAAGCCGCCGUCCUGACCCUCAAGAGUGCUGAAUCGGUCAGCGAUGAUCUGGGGACGCUGACGAGCGAGUUAGCAGCUGUGUCACGGCAAUCCAAUGUGUAG